GAUCCCCGGAUGCAUCAAAUUAGAUGUGCUUUUUCCAAAUGGGCCACACCGAUAUCUCUUCUACUGUUUCUUGCUUUUGUCCAUUUUCGAAGUGUGAACAUGGCCAUUUACGAUACUCCUCCAGGACAAUAUCUUCUCUUACACUUCAAGAUUUCCUGAGAGCCCUCCUUGUUGUUUGCCAAAGUCCACCAGAAAAUUCAUGCUGAAGUGACAGGCAGAUAUGGAUGAUUUGCCAUCUCUUGACCAUAUUCGUAGAGUUUCUCUUCACCAACACAUCACACCAAUCGCGGUCUAGUACCGGUUCCAGUGGCAGAGAUUAUUAGUUCAAGAACAGUGGUUCUUCAUACGGAUGAAGGAGAUAUAAAGCUGGGAAUCUUGCGCUGAUUUGCCAGUGAAAGAUUGUGGCUUUGUGAUGGAGAACUUGAAUUGGCUCUCUGAAUGGUCAGGAGAAGCAGAUUGGGUUCAUUCUGAUGAACAAUUGAACCGGGGUUCAUAUCCGAUACCGUCUCAAGCGGCCAUGUUUAAUCCGAUUCAAGUAUGUGAUGAAAAUUUUCCCUGGUUGAUCCCCAUCGGAGGAGUCAUGGCGGACGAUAGAGCGACGAGCGCAAGUGCAAGCGCGAGCGCAAGCGCAAGCGUUUCCAAGAGUCACAGCCAAGCCGAGAAAAGGCGUAGAGACAGAAUCAAUGCGCAGCUUGCCACUUUGAGGAAGCUCAUUCCCAAGUCUGAGAAGAUGGACAAAGCAGCUCUCCUAGCAAGCGUGAUCGACCACGUCAAGGACCUGAAGCGAAAGGCCUCCGAAAUCAGCAAGUCCAUCACCAUCCUCCCCUCCGAGGUCGACGAAGUGAUCAUCGACUGCGAAGACCCCGAACUCAACAAGGGCGGCAAUGACAGUGGCGCCGUCCUCAUCCGGGUCUCCAUCUGCUGCGACGACCGGCCGGAGCUGCUGUCGGAGCUGACACGGGUCAUCAAGGGCCUGAAGCUGACCACGGUCAAGGCCGACGUGGCCUCCGUGGGCGGCCGGAUCAAGAGCGUCCUCAUCCUGUGCGGCGACACCGCCGAUGGAGGCGGCGGCGGCGAUCGAGGAGCGUGCCUGAGCUCGCUCAAGCAGUCGCUAAAAGUGGUGGUGAGCAGGAUCGCCUGCUCAUCGAUGGCUGCCUCGAACUGUCGCAUCCGAAGCAAGAGGCAGAGGUUUUUCUUGCCUUGCCAGAGUCCAUUGCCAUAAUAACAUGCUCCGGUAUUAUGAUCUACGACAGACUUUAAUGGUAUUGAUGUUCUGUUGUAUGUGUAUGUACAUAUUUUGCAUGUGAAUUUGGGAUGUAAUCUGAUUAAUAAUUCUUAGGAAGAUGAAUUUUUUUUUUUCCUUCAACUAAAAAGAAAAGAGAGAAAAAGCAGAUCCUAGAACAUAUCUAUUUUACUGUGACAGGAGCCGCCAAAAUUGCAAUUAAAGGUGAAGCAAAGAUAAGAUUGGCCACAUUGGUAUA